AUGUUCUCGAAAUAUUUAAGAAACUUGGAAUUCCUGCAAGCUAAUGUUGAUGUAGCCAAGACCACUGAAGUAUUGUAUGCACUUGAAAAGGAGUAUUAUAGUUUACUGACAUGGGGCGGGUAUAAGAAGUUGAGACGAAGGAAGAGCCGGUGGAGAAUAGUCUACAUCGUCGUAAUUAGUUCCUGGAGGAAAUGA